GAGAAGAAGAAGACGGAGCGCUGCUGUCCUGUGGUGCGCGCGUGGGUCGGCGUGAGUGUACGCAACAGUAUGCGUGCGAGUGGAGGUCGUGCUAGGCGAACAUGUCCGUGCUCUACCCGACUCUCCUGCUGUGCGCGUACGGCUUCUUCUCCAACCUGCGGCCGUCGGAGCCCUUCCUCACCGCCUACCUCAUGGGCCCGGACAAGAACCUGACGGAGGCGCAGGUCGUCAGUGAAAUCUAUCCAAUAUGGACGUAUUCCUACCUGGUGCUGCUAUUCCCCGUCUUUCUGGCGACGGACUUCCUCUGUUACAAGCCUGUGUUAGUGCUGCAGGCCACAAGCCUGGUAGUUACCUAUGUGGUGCUGCUGAAGGCGCAGGGCCUGUUGGCCAUGCAGCUCCUGGAGUUCUUCUUCGGGCUGGCAACGGCCUCUGAGGUGGCCUACUACUCUUACAUCUACAGCCUGGUGGAGCCGGCACACUACCAGAGGGUGACGGGCUACUGCCGCAGCGUGGCUCUGUUCGGAUCGGCCGUGGGGUCUCUGGCAGGACAGCUGCUGCUCUCUGUGGCCAAAGCGCAGCUGCGCCACCUUGUCAUUGUCACUCUGGCGUCGGCCACACUGGCCUUUGUCGUUCCCUGGUUUCUACCCAUGCCGAAGAGGAGCUUGUUCUUCCACAAGAGCGGGGAGAGGCAGCGCACCAUCAGCACAUCCCUCACGGAGAAGGAGGACUCGGAGAGCAAAGCGCCUCUGAACAGCCAGGAGGCCUCCACAGUGUCCAGUUGCUCCGGGGCACAAAGCCAGAGCAGCACUCCUGUGGAGGUGUUGAGAAUGCUGUUUCAGGACUUCCUGCAGUGCUACAGAUGUCGCCCUCUGCUGGCCUGGUCACUGUGGUGGGCUCUGGCCACAUGUGGCUACUUCCAGGUGGUCAACUACGCUCAGGCCCUGUGGGAGAACAUUCGUCCAUCCACCAACCAUGAAAUCUACAACGGCUACGUGGAGACACUGUCCACACUGUUAGGGGCUCUGGCAGCUCUGCUGGUGGGCUGCCUGCCCGUACACUGGGCUCUGUGGGGCGAGCUGGUUCUGUGCGUCCUCUCCCUGCUGAUGGCUGCGUGCGUGUUCGUCAUGGUAACGCUCAGGCAGAUCUGGCUGUGUUACGGUGCGUACAUCCUGUUCCGAGCCACCUACAUGCUGCUCAUCACGGUGGCCACGUACCAGAUUGCAGCCAGCCUCAGCAUACAGCGCUAUGCCCUCGUGUUCGGAGUGAACACCUUCGUAGCUCUGCUGCUGCAGUCUGUCCUCACUGUGGUGGUGGUGGACUCAGCAGGCCUGGGCCUCAACGUCUUCACUCAGUUCCUCAUCUAUGGCGGCUACUUUGCAACCAUUUCCGCCAUCUUCCUAAUCGCAGGGUUCUUCAGACUGGCCUCAAGGCGGUGCUGCGAGCAGGAGGUCCUGGCCAACGGCCGGGUAGAAACGGAGUCGGACUCGCCUCCGAUCAGCGACGCUAGCUCAUGCAGAUAGAAUGUUAGGAUCCAGAAGCUGAGUGACUCCAGGCGGUGAGCUCCAGCGCCACUGUAGUAGAAGGGAGAGACAAAAAUUCCAGUCUGACCGCAGACUGCUCUCUAAUAAUAAUAAUAAUAAUAAUAAUAAUACAUUACACAAACCCACUGACAGAACAAAAACUGGAUUCAUGCUCGACGCUUCCGGUCAUUGUGCGAAUCAUCUGUGACGUCACCGCAUCGGCAGACGAUUUUAUACUCUUGCUUCAGGCCUGACAGGGCGCAGUCUUCUCCUGAACGCAAGGUGUUGCUGCUGACAAAUAACUAUCCACACCGCUGGAAAUGCUGGUUUUAAGCUUGCUCUCAGAAAAGCGACGCAAAGGAAGAAUUUGGUCUGUUGUUCUUUGGUGUGUACGGCUUCGGUCCGACAGUGUCUGUGUGUCCUUGCCCGAAGGCCGAUCCACACCGAGUUAUGACGUCAGCGCCGCUGUGCGCACGGGCCGAUGCGUCGAGCAUUAAUCUAGCUUCAGACUGAUGUUUCUUCCAGUUUUCUAUGGUCAAACAUUGAGUUUGAUGUGUGGCACAACUCAACAAACGUACAAGAAUCCAUUUCAGUGCUUCUUCCGGCUUAUUGAAGCCUACGCCUUAAACGUCUAAAUUACAACUGUGAAUGUCUGGUACCAUAUCAGUACUCCUGUUUUGUGUUUGACAGCAGCCAAAUAUAAUAUGUUUUAUAUUUUUUGUAUUUAUUAUUUUCCUCCUUUUAUCACAUAGAUUUUUAUAUUUUAUUCUGUUUGUUACAUAUUGCUACUGAUAAGCCGUAUCAGGCUUAUCAAUAUAUAUAUUUGAUGAACACACUGUUCAUGAAGCUUGAAGUGUUCCAUUAUCCUCAUGUGUGAUACUGUCAGUGCGACAUGUUCAGUCCUGCUGAACGGCAGGACUCCUGCUGAGUCCGGCCAUUGGCUUGUGGAAAAGGUAAAGAAAUCCACCUGGAGAUACUUCCCCUCUUCAAAAUAAUCGUGUCAGCAUCGCUCAGUGAUUAACAUGUCUGUGUGUAAACGUUCUGAUCAGUUUCGUCUUACAAACAAAUAAUCAACCCAAAAAUACAAUGGGACUAUUGCUUUGUGUGUGUGUGUGCACACGCGCGCUUCAGAUUAUGCCUCGUCUACUGGCCAAAUGUUCCACUGUUUUUUGUUUUUGUCUUGUUUUUUUUUUGUUCAGUUAGCAGCAUCAAGGCGCUGGUCCGGCCAAUAGUUUAUAUUAAUAUCAAUACAAAACACUGAUAGAAGUGAUAAGAUUUGUAACUUUGUAACGGUCACUCCUUUGUAAAUAACUGUGGGAUGACAAUAUGAAAACACAAUAUGGAAUCCAAUACUACUGAACUGAACAUUUUCUUAGACAUUUAUUUAUCAACCCCCGUAGGUACUCCAGCACUACCUGAAUGUGUCUUAAAAAAUUCAAAGCCACUGUCUAUGCAAUACUUAUCACAAAUAAACUUAUUUUUUCUAAUA